AUGCCAACCCUGGAUGACGUUUUAGAGCAGAUUGGAGAAUUUGACUUCUUCCAGAAACAAGCUCUCUUUGUCUUAUGCCUGCUUUCUGCUACCUUCCCUCCCAUUUAUGUGGGGAUUUUUUUCCUGGGAUUCACCCCCGAGCACCAUUGCCACAGCCCCGGCAUGGCUGAGCUGAGCCAGCGGUGUGGCUGGAGCCUGGAGGAGCAGCUGAAUCACACGGUUCCCGAGUGGGGAGGCCACGGGGCCGGGUUCGGCAGCCGCUGCAGGAGGUACGAGGUGGACUGGAAUGCGACGGGUGUCAGCUGCACCGACCCACUCGGCAGCCUCGUGGGCAACCGGAGCGCUGUCCCCCUCGGUCCCUGCCAGGACGGCUGGGUCUACGACUCCCCGGAGACCUCCCUCGUGACUGAGUUUAACCUGGUGUGUGAGGACUCCUGGAAACUGGACCUCUUCCAGUCGUGUGUGAACACUGGGUUUUUUAUUGGCUCCGUGAGCAUUGGCUACAUAGCGGACAGGUUUGGCCGCAAACUCUGCCUCCUGGUCACAGUCCUCAUCAAUGCGGUCUCGGGGGUUCUCAUGGCCUUUGCACCAAGCUACAGCUGGAUGGUGAUCUUCCGCCUGAUACAGGGACUGGUCAGCAAGGCAGGCUGGCUGACAGGCUACGUCCUCAUUGCAGAAUUUGUUGGCUUAAACUACCGGAGGGCAGUGGGCAUCAUUUACCAGGUUGCCUUCACUGUGGGACUCCUCAUCCUCACCGCCCUUGCUUACGCGAUUCCGCACUGGAGGUGGCUCCAGCUCGUGGUCACACUGCCCAAUGUCUUCUUCCUGUUCUACUAUUGGUGUCUGCCUGAGUCUCCCAGGUGGCUCAUAGCUCAAAAGCAAAAUGACAAAGCUAUGGAAGUUAUUAAGCACAUCGCCAAGGGAAAUAAGAAGAAGCUACCUCUCUCUUUCCAGAAUCUCAACUCUGAAGAUGAAGAUGAAGAAAAGCUGAAACCUUCAUUUCUAGACCUGGUCAGGACACCUCAGAUCAGAAAACACACAUUCGUUUUGAUGUACAGUUGGUUCACGAGCUCCGUCCUCUACCAGGGGCUCAUCAUGCACAUGGGAAUAGCUGCUGGGAACAGGUAUCUGGAUUUCCUCUAUUCUGCUCUCGUCGAGUUCCCAGCCGCCUUCAUCCUCAUGCUAACACUGGAUCGCAUUGGCCGUCGCUACCCCUGGGCUGCGGCAAACAUGAUGGCAGGUGGUGCUUGCCUCGUUACAGCAUUAGUACCAGACACUCUUUAUUGGCUUAAAAUGACUGCAGCUUGCUUGGGCAGAAUGGGAAUUACCAUGUGCUACGAAAUUAUUUGCGUGGUAAAUCCUGAACUGUAUCCAACAUUUCUCAGGAACAUGGGAGUCCUGGUCUGCUCGUCCAUGUGUGACCUCGGUGGGAUCAUAACGCCCUUCCUUGUGUACCGACUAGCAGAGCUCUGGCAUGAACUGCCCCUGGUCAUCUUUGCUGUGAUUGGUUUAAUCGACGGUGGCUUGGUUUUGCUCCUACCUGAGAUGAAGGGAAAGACUCUGCCUGAGACUAUUGAAGAUGCUGAAAAUCUGCACAGGCAAGAAAGAAGCAAAGGAAAAAUGAUUUAUCUCCACGUUCUGACUUCCAAAGCUGCCCCCAAGCAAGAAUCAUAG